AAACAACUUUUGGUUAUUUUUAUCUCAGCAUCAUUUUCUGUUGCAAUAUUGAUAUUAACGAACAAGUGUCAUUUCUUUUAACAUGUACAGAAACAGUUAUCCUGAUGCACCAGGUUACCACAACAUGGAGAGCCACACACGAGUAACAUAUCGCCGUAAUCCUGGAUUCUUGGAGAGGAUCGGUCAGAGUCUGAUCGGUAUUCUGGUGGGGAUCGUCCUGCUGAUAGUAGCGUCAUGUCUGUUGUUUUGGAAUGAGGGGAGAGCAGUAAAAACUGCCAAGUCUCUAGAUGAGGGACUGAGCAAAGUUUUGGUUCGGGAAAAUGUGUUUGGAAUCAACACUAACGAUGAUGGAGCCUUGAUCUACUUCACAGGAGAGCUGUCAACAGGGAAGCAACCAUUGGUUGAUGACCUCCAUCAUGUGACAGUGAAUGCAGUCAAACUACAGAGAACGGUGGAAAUGUAUCAAUGGGUGGAGACAGAAACUAAAAGGGAGUACAAUGAAGGCGGCCAGACGAGGACAGAAACCACAUACUCAUAUGAUUUGGAGUGGAGAUCAAAUGUGGUGAACAGUGAUUCCUUUGAUAACCCAGUCAACCACAAAAACCCAAGGAGUUUCCCAGUGGAAUCGAAAACCCAGGUAGCUAGUCCUGUACAUGUGGGAAUCUAUCAUCUCUCUAAUGGUCUGGUUGACCAGAUAAGCGAGUUUCACCCCAUUCCAUCGGACAUACUGCCUGUACCACAGGAGGGAUACCGUGUGUUCAAUGGCAUGUACUACACGUCACAAAAUCCUAGCAGACCCCAGGCAGGAGACAUUCGAAUAAGCUACACAUAUGCUGGUAUUAGCGGAGAAUCAAUGCUUGGGAAACCUGACGUGGUGAGUGUUAUUGGCAAGCAGGCAGGGAAUACGGUGGUGAGUUAUGAAUCGGAGUAUGGCUACAACCUGCUGUUUCUCUACAUGGGAAGACAUUCACCUGAGGCUAUGUUUGCUAAGGAACAGCAGAAGAAUACGUUGAUCUCCUGGGCUGUCAGGUUCGGGGGGUGGCUGUUGAUGUUCGUAGGAUUUGGCUGUUUGACAAGCAUCAUCAAAACCCUAGUUGACUGGUUCCCCAUCGUGCGUGAGCUGGUGGCCAUUGGAGUCAACAUGAUGAACCUUGCCCUCUCCAUCAGCCUCUCCCUAACAGUGAUUGCUAUUGGUUGGAUAGCAUACCGACCACUGAUGGGAAUAGCCAUCUUAGCAAUGGCAGCAACUCCUUUCUUCAUGGCUAAAUUUAAAUCCAGAGGAUCGCAUGCACAUUCAUCACUAGGCCUCAAGACCAUAAACUGAGAAUAAACUUGAAUAAAGAUUUUGAUUACCAGGGUAUGGUAAGAUUUAUCUAGCACAGAUGUUUAAAAAGCUGCUGGUUUGUAAAAACAAAAAAUUAAAUGCAAACAUACUGAAACUUUUAUUUGUUUAUACAUGUAAAAGUCAUUUCAGAAGUAAGUUAGAUUUGAAAUUUAGACUUAAGUCUAUUCUCACUUUAUGACCUUGAGGCGUGAACUAUCUCUGUUUGGAUUGGUGCUUCUUGACCUUUAGAUCAUUUUGUAAUUCAUUUGAUUGUCUUAUGCUUGUUAUGGAUGGUGAUAAUAAUUAUGGUGAUAAUGCAUGGUUGAUUUUUUUGUCCAAUUGUUACACAAGGGAGAAACAGUUUGUAUUUGUUUUUUAUCAGAGAGGUUUUUUUUCUUUGAUUGUUAUCAAGUAUUGCAUUGUAUUAAAACAAAUCUCAAUUUUUACAGUGUAUUGCAUAGUAGAUUACGCAAAUAAUAUUCCAUGGACACUUUUUUUGUUAGCAUGUUGCAUGCACUUUUAACUUAUUUCAUGCACUUUUUGUGUAAAAAUAUUCAUCUAGCUCAAACUGAAAGUACAGUAUUCACUAGCAAGACAUUACUUAAUAUGGAUAGUUAUUGUGGGUUAUACUUGUAUUAUAUAAGGUAAUAUAUACAUGUAUUGGUUGUAGUUUCUGUUUUUACUGUAAAACAUACUUUUAUAAACUGUAAUCAAAAAGUUAGUACCUAGAUUAUACUUAGUAAUAACACAAUCAUGAUUUUAUAGUACGUUAGUGGAAUUUUAUAUCAUAGACAAGUAUGUACAUCCUCAUACAUUAGUGUUGCACAGAUAAGCACAACAAGGCUAGCUUUAAAAAGUGCUAGAAUAUAACUACUAUAAAUAUAACUGUUUACUGCAUACAGAAUGACAGAAGUUCGAGUGGGAAAUGUUACCUGUACCGAAGGUUGCUGUAAUCAUGUUGCACUGUAUACAGAGUGAUAGAAUUUCAUGUGGAAAGUGUUAUCUGUACUGAAGGUUGCUGUAAUCAUGUUGCACUGUAUACAGAGUGAUAGAAUUUCAUGUGGAAAGUGUUAUCUGUACUGAAGGUUGCUGUAAUCAUGUUGCACUGUAUACAGAGUGAUAGAAUUUCAUGUGGAAAGUGUUAUCUGUACUGAAGGUUGCUGUAAUCAUGUUGCACUGUAUACAGAGUGAUAGAAUUUCAUGUGGAAAAUGUUACCUGUACUGAAGGUUGCUGUAAUCAUGUUGCACUGUAUACAGAGUGACAGAAUUUCGCGUGGGAAAUGUUACCUGUACUGAAGGUUGCUGUAAUCAUGCUGACCUGUUUUGUAUUUGUGUUGUCUUUUCUCUGACUAGUUUUCCAAUUGAUAUUAAUUUCAUAAAACUUGAUCUCUUGAUCUUAAUGAAAGUGAUAAUCACAAGGACUGUAGACUUAUAUUUCACUGUUGAUGUAUGUAGUUAGCAAUAUUUUAUAAUUUCUUGUUGAUACUAGUUAAUAGAAAAUAAAAGAAAUAUAAAUUAUUUAUGUAAA